AUGUCCGCAACUACAAUGCUAAGCGCGCAACCGGCAAAAGAAAAAGUUGAAGAUCUUCCCCAAGAACAGCAUGAGGCCAGAAAAAGAAUUAUUGAAGAAAAAAUAUUGCGCCUCAAGCUACCCAUUGGCACACACGAAACCGUCAAUACAAAUUGGAUCAAAUGCAUUCAACAGGUCCCAAUAACAAAAAAACAACAGGAGGAGGAAAAUUACGCCCAAAUGGUCAAAGAAGGAGGAAAAUUAUGCCCAAAUGGUCAAAGAUAA